GCGCGCAGAGCCCUAAGCACCUCCGGCCCCCGCAGCAUUGCCGGUGACCAGGGAGAGGGAGCUCACCCCAAAUCUGUCCGGGGGUCCCCGAGAGGAAUUCCCAGUGCCAGACUUUGGCUGGAUGGAGGAAGAGAAGGCUGUGAGGAGGAGGAAGUUGUCCCGGGAACCCCAGGCAGACAAGGAGGCCAGGGAGGACAAAUCCCCUCAGCAGAACCUCGUGGAAGAGGCUGUUUUGAGCGGCUCCAUGGCACAGGAAUGCAACGGGGAGGAAAAGCCGCGGAGAUCCCGCCCGAGGAGGGGCUCCAAACCCAUGCCAGGGUGCUCCGAGGAGGAAGGACCCACCCUGUGCCAGGAAGGCAGCCAGAGAUGUGGCCAGAGCUCUGAGCUGGUGAUGCGUGAACAGCUUCACAACGGCAAGAAGCUGCACCAGUGCUCGCAAUGUGGUAAGAGUUUCUGUGCAAACCGCAGCCUGCUCCAGCACCAGAAGAUCCACACUGGGGAACGGCGCUACGAGUGUGGGAAAUGUGGGAAGCGCUUCAGGGACACCUCUGACCUGAUGAUCCACCAGAGAGUCCACACUGGGGAACGGCCCUAUGAGUGUGGGGAGUGUGGGAAGAGCUUCACUACGAGCUCCAGACUGAUCGUCCACAAGAGGAUCCACACUGGGGAACGGCCCUAUGAGUGUGGGGAGUGUGGGAAGAGCUUCACUACGAGCUCCAGACUGAUCGUCCACAAGAGGAUCCACACUGGGGAACGGCCCUAUGAGUGUGGGGAGUGUGGGAAGAGCUUUAGUGUCAGCUGCAGCCUGAUCCGCCACCAGAGGAUCCACACUGGGGAACGGCCCUAUGAGUGUGGGGAGUGUGGGAAGAGCUUCACUGAGAACUCCAGUUUAUACAGGCACAGGAGGAUCCACACUGGGGAACGGCCCUAUAAAUGUGGAGAAUGUGGAAAAGGCUUCAUGAAGAGCUCCCACGUCAAACGCCACCAGAUGAUCCACACUGGGAUGUGACCCCCUGUGUGUGGGGGCAGUGCGGGAAGAGCUUCUGUGACAGCUCUGACCUGAUCAUGCAGCAGACAGUGCACACUGGGGAAUGCCCCUACACGUGCUCAGAAUGUGGGAAGAGCUUCAUCCAGCACUCCAAGCUGCUUGUCCACCGGCAGAUGCACAGCGGAGAGAGGCCCUAACAGUGUUGUGAGUGUGGGAAGAGCUUGUCCCAGAGCUGUGCCGUGACCCAAGAGCAAUGGAGGCAGCAGGAAGGGAAGCCCUACAAGUGCCCUGCGUGCGGGAAGAGCUUUGUGCGCUGCUCCAACUCCAUCCCCCGUUGGAGGAGCCCAUUGGAUGAUCCCCAGUGAGCCCCAUUGGGCAGCGCCUUUGGGAUCCACAGUCCUGGUGAUCCAUGUGUGCAAGUGUUGGGGAUUACAUUUGUUUCUUUUUCACUUACAGAAUUUUUUUCCCAUAAAUUGCUAGAAGACUAACAACUGUGUGCUUGAUUUAAAGAAAGAAGUGUCUAAAGGAGAUGGCAGCAGUGGGCUACACCUGUUGUUUUUGGGUCUCUGGGAGUUUCCCUCAGAGGGAGGAGAUAAGUGGAGUUUUGGGGGAGGUAAAGGACAGAGCUGGGGGCAGCUGCUUGCUCUUGCUCUGGGCAUGGGAGAGAGGAUGGUCGGGCUGGUGCUCUCUGCGGGAAGAGCUCACGGUCAUCACUGCGUCUUGCCCUGGGAAAUUGCCAUCAUCUGCUCAUGUGCUCCUGUGCCCAGGGAUUCUGAGCUCGCCUCCCCCUGCCCUGCUGGGCCCGCCGUCUCACCAUCACAGCCUAUUCGGGGCUGCUUUGAGGCUUUCUGCUACUCUCUAGCCCUGCCCUGCCCUGCCCUGCUCUGCCGGGACAUCCCUGCCGCUCCAGCUACCAGCACAGAACUUCUGAGCUCAUCCACCAGCCCGGGGCUUUCCACCCUUCCAGCCUGGUCUCUUGGAGUCCUGCAGGGCCACUUGGAUCAAACUGCCCCGGGCUUUGUGAAAGAAAGCCCUCGAGAUUCCUGGUUCUGUUUAUUAUUAAUGCUGUAGUUGUUGUUUGUUUGCUUUGUCAUACAUACCAGUGAAGAACUGUUCUUCCUGGCCCCAUCCUUCUGCCUGAAUGCCCCCCUUCAUUUUCUACAUCAUCAUCGUUUGGAGGGAGAGGAUUUGAAUUCCCCACCCCUAGGGAGGUCCUGCCCUUCCCUAGCAGAUUCCUGUCUGUCAAACCAAGACAGGAAGAGAGCUGGCUGGUGGUCUGCACAUCUUCCUGGCCCCCUGUGGGCACCUGGAUGCAACAGGACCCCAAGGGGAUGUGGCCAUGGAUGGUGACAUGGACAUGGAUGGAGACAUGAGUGUGACAUGGACACGGGUGGGGACAUGGAGAGCCA